AUGUCGCAAACAACACAACAACCAGGCGCGCUGGUUUGGAUCAAUGGUAUUGCCGGUGUGGGCAAAUUGACCAUCGCCCGCUCACUCGUCAAACUUCUCGGCGGCCCUGACAAGGCGGCCCUGAUUGACAACCAUACCCUCAUCGAUGUCGUCACCCUACCUCGCGAUCACCCAGAUUACUACCUCGAGCGCCGAGAAGCGAGGCGGUUGUGCUUCGAGCAACACGUGGUAUGCGAGGCUUCCACUCCGGACAUGGCCAAGAUCAUUGUUUUCACAGACUGGCAGUCGGAUAACGAGCUCGGCCAGAGUGUCGCCGAGGAGUACCACGAUGCGGCAAAUCGCUCCUGUAGGCGGUUUGUGCCGAUCUAUCUCGAGUGCGAGAGGGAGGAGAAUGUGAGGAGGGCCACCAGCAGGAGCACGGAGGGUAAGCGCAAGCUGACCGACGAGAAGGUGCUGAGGGAUUAUAUGGAUAACAGCAGGCUGUUCGAGUUCGAGCAUGUGGAUGGCCUGAGAUGUGACGUCACGAAGAGGCUGCCGGAGGACGUUGCUGCGGAGCUGGCUGGGAUCAUAGGCGGCCGGCCCUAG